GAAACUAUGCCAAAAUAUCGCAAAAGUUUCUCGACUAUAUCUAAAAGGCAUCAACGAAGAAUAACUUCCCGAUUUCUUCGAAGUUUUGAAAAUGAUCCCCCGUUAUCAGCACCCAAUUGUCCUCCUCCAACAACUUCAAAUAUAAAUUUCAGCGCUAGUUCGUUUAUUGUUGAUACUGGGAAUGAUUCAGUUCCUAUUUCCUCUGAAUUUUCUGGAAAUCCUGAUACAAGUGUAUCAUGGAAAUCUUCUCAUUUUCAAAAUGAUCACACCCUCACUCCUGGUUGUUCUCAUUGGACAUCAAGCACUGAUAAUAUUUUACCCAGUAUUCAAUCAAAUGAAAGUUUUCAACAAGAAAGAGUAAAUAUUCAGAAACCCCCUUUCAAAGAUGCAUUGCAGAAUUGGGCUCUCAAUUCCUCCAUAAGUAGGAUCCACUUGAAUAAACUUCUUCGAUUGUUGAUUUCCUAUGGUCAUGAUGAUCUACCGACUGAUGCUCGAUCUUUACUACAUACUCCUAGGGAUAAAGAUAUAAUAUCUAUCAGUCCAGGUUCUUAUUUCCACUUUGGUUUAGAAACGUCCUUGCUCAAUUCCAUGAGCAAAUCAUUCAAUACGAAUGAUUCUAUUCCUAAAAUUAUAGAACUUAAAGUAAAUGUUGAUGGACUUCCUAUUUCUAAGAGUUCCGGAAGCCAAUUCUGGCCCAUACUUGGACAAAUAUGUUGCAUAACUAAAUAUGUGGAACCUUUCCCUAUUGGCAUUUACCAUGGAAUGACAAAACCUAAAGAUCACAAUGAGUUUCUCCGUCUAUUUGUUCAUGAUUUCAAAGAAAUUUCAAAAAAAGGUAUCAUUUUUAGGAAUAUUCACUAUCAGGUCAAAAUAAAGUCCAUAAUCUGUGAUGCACCUGCACGUGCCUUCAUCACAGGUGUUAAAAAUCACACAGGAUAUUUUGGGUGUCAUAAAUGUUCACAAGAAGGUGAAUAUAUUGAUCAUCGUAUGACCUUUCCUGAAAUGAAUGCCCCUCUUCGAACUGAUCAUAGUUUUCUUAACCGACUUCAAGAAGAACAUCAUAGAUGUGAUACAAUUUUAGAAUCCCUUGAGAUUGGUAUGGUAUCACAGUUCCCCCAUGAUUACCUUCAUUUGAUCUGCCUUGGUGUUGCGAAAAAACUUCUCCAACUCUGGACUAAAGGUAACAAAUCAUGCAGAAUGAACCCAGUUCAACAAAGUAAUGUUUCUGAAAUGUUAGUUUCUUUUUCCCCCUUUAUUUCCAGUGAGUUUUCUAGGAAACCUCGAAGUCUUAGUGAACUUGAUAGAUGGAAAGGAACAGAAUUUAGAACUUUUUUAUUGUAUACAGGACCUAUAGUUAUGAGAAAUAAUUUGUCUCACGCAAAAUACAUUCAUUUUUUAAGUCUGCAUGUGGCAAUCCGUAUUUUGACUAGUAGAAACCUUCAUUUGAGCUUUUUAAAUUAUGCACAAUCUCUUCUUGAAUAUUUUGUUUCAAACUUCAGUAUUUUGUAUGGUGCAGAACAUUUAACUUAUAACGUUCAUAAUUUGAUUCAUAUUUGUGAUGAUGUUAAAAUCCAUGGCCCUUUAGAUGAUUUCAGUGCUUUUUCGUUUGAAAAUUAUUUAGGAAAAAUAAAAUUCAAAACAAAAACAGCAAAUCGACCUUUGAGUCAAAUAGUUAAUAGAGUUCUUGAAAGCCAAGCUAAAGAAAAACCAGAAGGUGAAUUGUAUCCUGCAUUAAAAUAUUCAAAUUCUGAACUUGUAUCUGUGCAAGUGUCUGAUGAGUUAUUCCUAAGUUGCGAGCGGCCAAAUAAUAUUUGUAUGUUGAAAAACUCGAAUAUCAUAAUGAUAAACUCAAUGUACCUAAACCGUGUGAAUGAAAUCAUGUUGAGAGGUCAUGUAUUAGAUAUCACUGUGCCAUUGUUCGAGAAACCACAAGUCGAUCAUUCAGUGAACAUCUUUAAAAUAGAUCAUACGGCAAUAUCGGUUUUAAAUGAUGUUCCUAUUUCAUCUGUCAAGGCCAAAUGUCUUAUGCUGCCCUUAGACACCAAACAGAGUGCUAUUAUUCCUAUCAUUCAUACUUUGAAUGGGACUGCCUGAUUUAUUUUCUUUUUGUGUGCUAUUCCUACAAUUCAUUUUUUCUAUGUAAAAGCUGGAUUUAUUUUUUUUUGUGAAAGGUUUAAAUUCUGGAGAAGGCCAUAUUAGGUUUCAUUUGAUUUUUGCUUAAUUUUGAACCGUGUUCCGCAAUUUUCUUCUGCGUGUUUUCUUUAUAGAUUCUAAGAAUGGCCUACACAGUGGUGAAAUUUAUGGAGGAAAAUGAUGAUGAGGAGGUCAUUUCAGAAGUGCCAUCCUCAUGGGUGGAAAAUGGAUUAUGUUGGUGGCCUUCCACCAAAAAUGUUAGCAAUUUGAUAUGCAAACGGGCAGUGCCGGAUAAAAAUAAUGGGAAGUGGAAGCAAUAUCCAGCAACCAUUUUAUAUAUUACUGAUGAUUACAAAAAAGCCAGGAGGAAGGCAGAUGACAGCGAAACAGAGGCAGAAAAGGGAAGAGGCAAAAGGAGGAAGAGGAAGUCAAAGCUCCAAACAGUGUAUGAACCAGAAUCCACAAGUGGUUCUGAACUUGAUGAAAUCGAGAGGGUACUUGCGGGAUUACCAACAUUCCCGAGUCCCGAAAAGGAUGGGAUAAGUAAUGAGACAAACUCAUACAUGACUUCAAAUCUUUAUUCUGAUGAAGGAACAUCGGUGCUGGCCGUAGGUGGAGAACCUGAUGAAGAAGUAAAUCUCGAUAUGACCAUAGUCAACGUCUCAACAGAUCAACUUGUGAAAGACUUGCAGGUAUAUGUCAAAGGAGAGUUUGAGAAAACGAAUAAAAUGUUGGCGCAAGUCCUCCUGCACUUAGAAAGACUGAAUAUUGGGAGUUCUUCAGCUUCCUCUAAUGCUCCAAGAGAGGAUGAGGAGUUAAGAAGCAUUUUGUCAGCGUUCCCAAUCGAAGAUUUCGAAACAACGUCGUCAAUAGAAAUGGCAAUCCAGAACCCAGGAUUGUACAGAAAACUGGUUAUUUACUUGAAAACAAUUGGGGGAGCCUGCUUGAAGGAAAAAAUCAAUAGGAUUCUGAAAAGAAUUUUUUCAGUUGAUUUGAUAGCCCAGUCCAGCUGGUUGGGGCAAAGCAGAGGGGAAAAAAAGAAUUUUCGGCUGAGUAGCCUGAAACUGAUAAAUGCAGUGAAAGAGGCUGUGUGGGAUGACCCAGCUUUUAAUGAAAAAACUUUCGAAACAAUAGCUAGUGAAUGGACGAGACAGGGAAAGCAGAGAAAAAUUCGCUCUGAAAAGAAGAAUGUUCAAAAUUAGGUCUUUGGGAUUUUUCGAUUUUUUCCUUUU